CAUGGCAAAAGUAGCAGCUGGAAACACCACAGCCCGGGAGUUGUGGAGCCGGAACCGGAAGACCACAGCAGAUCCACAGUCGAGCAUGGCUGCCACUGCCGCUGUCAGCCCCAGCGACUACCUGCAGCCGGCCGCCGCCGCCACCCAGGACUCGCAACCCUCUCCCUUGGCCUUGCUGGCUGCAACAUGUAGCAAAAUUGGGCCCCCAGCGGUGGAGGCGGCUGUGGCGCCUCCCGCACCCCCCCAGCCCACGCCCCGGAAGCUGGUCCCCAUCAAACCCGCCCCUCUCCCGCUCAGUCCGGGCAAGAACAGCUUCGGCAUCCUGUCCCCCAAAGGCAACAUACUGCAGAUCCAGGGCUCGCAGCUGAGCACCUCCUACCCGGGCGGGCAGCUGGUGUUCGCCAUCCAGAGUCCGGGCAUGGUGGGCAAGGGCGCGCGCUCCGGCGCCAGCAUCCAGUACCAGGCUGUCCCGCAGCUGCAGGCGGGCGGCACCCCGCCACAGGUGGUGCAGAUCCCGCAGCAGGCGCUGCGCGUGGUGCAGGCAGCGUCCGCCACGCUGCCCACCGUCCCACAGAAGCCUUCCCAGAACUUCCAGAUCCAGGCGGCGGAGUCCACCUCCACUCAGGUCUACAUCCGCACGCCUUCCGGUGAGGUGCAGACGGUCCUCGUCCAGGACAGCCCGCCAGCGACAGCUGCGGCCGCCUCCACCACGCCCUGCAGCAGCCCUGUGCCGCGAGCCUCCAGCCUGAGUGGGACCAGCAAAAAACACUCCGCUGCCAUCCUGCGCAAGGAGCGGCCUCUGCCCAAGAUUGCGCCGGCUGGGAGCGUCAUCAGCCUGAACACUGCGCAGCUGGCGGCGGCCGCACAGGCCAUGCAGACCAUCAACAUCAACGGCGUCCAAGUCCAGGGCGUGCCAGUCACCAUCACCAACACUGGCGGGCAGCAGCAGCUGACGGUGCAGAACGUCUCCGGGAACAACCUGACCAUCAGCGGGCUGAGCCCCACCCAGAUCCAGCUGCAGAUGGAGCAGGCUCUGGCCGGGGAGGCGCCGCCCGGGGAGAAGCGGCGCCGCAUGGCCUGCACGUGUCCCAACUGCAAGGACGGGGAGAAGAGGUCUGGAGAGCAGGGCAAGAAGAAGCACGUGUGCCACAUCCCGGACUGCGGCAAGACCUUCCGGAAGACGUCGCUGCUGCGGGCCCACGUGCGCCUGCACACAGGCGAGCGGCCCUUCGUGUGCAACUGGUUCUUCUGCGGGAAGAGGUUCACGCGCAGCGACGAGCUGCAGAGGCACGCGCGCACGCACACAGGGGACAAGCGCUUCGAGUGCGCCCAGUGUCAGAAGCGCUUCAUGCGGAGCGACCACCUCACCAAGCAUUAUAAGACCCACCUGGUCACCAAGAACUUGUGAGGCCAGCGAGCGGGAGGCCCUGCAGACUCGGACCCCGGUGCCCCCAGUCCCGCGGGCCCGGCUCCUGCGGGUGGCCGAGUCCCCACAGGAAGGGGCUGUGCACCUGCGCUCACCUUCUCACGCAGGGCUCCGGCCGCCCAGCCCUGCCCUGCCCAGCGAGGCCCUGCCCAGUGAGACGUUCUAACCCAGGACGCGUGGGACCCUUAUUUCCAAAGGAAAACGUGCAUUUCACUCCGUCGAGGAGCAAAGUGAGCCCCCUCCACCUGCCCCACUCCCUGCCCAGCACUGCCGGGGUCCCGUCGUGCCAUAGCCCCCGCCCCACCCCAGCCACCAGGGAUGUCCCAGGGCCCCGCAGCCUCCCCAGCGGCCACCCAGGGGCCGCCCCAGACAUUCCACCUUGCAGUCAGGGUCGGUGCUGCGGGCCGCCCCUCUCUGCGGAGAACGUUGCCUUAUACUUUCCUUCUGAUGAUGAGCACUGUGUAUUGUGUUCGCUUUAACAAGUUUUAUUUAAUUGCUCCCUUGGUCCCCUUCUUGGUCAUCAGCUCCUGUGCCUGCUUUCCGUUCGGGUUUCGGGGGCAGCCAUGAGGGUAUGAACUCCCUCAUCCCGAGUGACACUGCAUUUCCCCCGGCCCCACCCACCUGGCGGUGUACAGUGUAUAUUGUAUAAUAGACAACUGCGUCUACUACAUGUUUUAAAAACAUAUUGCUUGUUAUUUUUGAGGCUUUUAAAUUAAACAAAAAAUCCAACUUUAUUUUUAGUUGUAACUGCUUGAGGUAUGUUUUAUGAAGUAAGUGACAGAUUUGUUAUCCUUUAUUAACAAUGGACAACUUUGUUGGUCGG